UAAAAAUCAGACAAAUAAAAUGACGAUAAAAUGAUGACGUUAACCCAAAACAAAUGGUAAUAAAACACAACCCUGCACAACAAUUUAGACAAAACUAAAAUAGUUGAACUUCUCUGUUGUUCUUCCAAUUGUUCUCUUCGGUCAUUUUUCUUCUUCUGCUAUUUUAUUCUUUGGGUUUUUGAGCUGAGAAUGUCUGGAGAAGAAGGUCAUCCAGUUGGAAUUGAUUUGGGGACAACGUACUCUUGCGUGGCAGUGUGGCAGCACGAUCGUGUUGAAAUCAUAGUGAACGAUCAGGGCAACAGGACCACUCCAUCUCACGUUGCCUUCACUGAUACUGAGACAUUGAUAGGCGAUGCUGCUUUUAACCAGGUCAUCAGAAACCCUACAAACUCCAUCUUUGAUGCAAAACGGUUGAUAGGAAGAAGAUUUAGUGAUGCAUGUGUUCAAGAUUAUAUGAAGCUCUGGCCCUUCAAGGUCAUUGAAGGUCCUGAUGAUAAGCCCAUGAUUGUGGUUACCAACAAGGGCCAAGAGAAGAAGUUUUCUGCUGAAGAAAUCUCAUCCAUGGUUCUGAUGAAGAUGCGAGAGAUUGCUGAGGCCUACCUCGGCUCAACUGUUAAGAAUGCGGUGAUCACAGUCCCUGCUUACUUCAAUGACUCGCAGCGUCAGGCUACAAAAAAUGCUGGUGCCACUGCUGGCUUAAAGGUGACACGUAUUAUCAACGAACCCACUGCUGCAGCCAUUGCUUACGGCAUUGACAAGAGGGCUGGUUGGUACAGCAAGAGAAAUGUGCUGAUGUUUGAUUUCGGUGGUGGUACGUUAGAUGUGUCCCUGCUUUCCAUAAGUUGUGGUGUCUUCGAAGUGAAGGCGACUGCUGGAGACACUCAGCUUGGAGGUGAAGACCUUGAUAACAAAAUGGUUAAUUUCUGUGUUGAGCAAUUCAAGAGGAAGCAUAAUUUAGAUGUGAGUGGAAACUCCAGGGCUCUUAGGAGGCUAAAAAAUAGUUGUGAGAAGGCAAAGAGGAGACUUUCCUUUACAUCUUCAACAGACAUUGAAAUUGACUGUUUGUAUGAGGGUACUGAUUUUUAUGUAACUGUUACUCGAGCUAAAUUUGAAGAACUCAAUAGGGAUAUCUUUGUCAAGUGUAUGGAGCCUGUGGAUAAGUGUUUGAAGGAUGCCAAAAUAGACAUAAGCAGUGUCCAUGAUGUUGUUCUUGUUGGUGGCUCAUCAAGAAUUCCCAAGGUGCAGCAACUUUUACAAAAUGUUUUCAAGGGUAAGGAGCUGUGCAGAGGCAUUAAUCCGGAUGAGGCUGUGGCUUAUGGUGCUGCUGUUCAGGCUGCAAUCUUGUGUGGCAAGGGAAAUGAGAAGCUUCAAGACCUCACUCUCUUGGAUGUCACCCCUCUAUCACUCGGUGUGGAGACUGGACGAGAGCGCGACAUGACAGUUGUGAUUCCAAGAAACACCAAGAUGCCUGUCAAGAAGAAUUAUCCUGUUACCACUCGCCAUGACAACCAAGCUGUUGUUAGAUUCGCCGUUUAUGAGGGCGAGAGUACAACGACGUUGAAUAAUUACUAUUUGGGUGAUUUUAGGCUCAAAGAUAUUCCUCCAGCUCCAAGGGGUGUCCCUAAAUUCAACAUCUGCUUUGAAAUUGAUGCCAACGGAAUUCUGAACGUAUCUGCCGAGGACGUGUUGACUGGCCAGAAGAAGGGGAUUACCCUCAGUAGCAAUGACACAAGUUGUGAGGGAAUUGAGAAGAUAAUGUAAGAAAGGUCAUGUUAUGAUGAACACUGAAACAGUCUGUUAUAAUUAACUGAGCUGACACAACUAUGUAAUUCUUCUUGGGUUUUAUAGAUAUAAUGUUUUCAACCAUUAUAUUAACUUUAAUUUGUAUCCCCU